AUGGUCUCCUUGGUAUCCCGCUAUCUUCUUCUCGUCGUGGCAUCUGUCUCAUUUGAAAAGACUGUAUGGAAUGAUCAAGAAACGAAAGAACUGCUCUGGUUCCUCAAAUCUGUCAAGGCUCAAGCUGGCAAUGGCAGCAACUUCAAGGAAUCAGUAUUUACCCCCAUCCUUCCAACAUUAGGACCUCUUAAAUCUGCAGGCCCUAUCAAGACGGCCAAAAUGUGUAAGACAGAAUGGACUGGGCAACCUACUCGGCAAUAG